UACAUCAAAGAAUACUGUGAAUUUGUCCCAAAAAUAGAAACAUGAGCAUUACGAUUAUGCUAUCCAUGGAGAAAUCUACGAGACGAGAUGAUUCGAAGGAGGAGAAUCUGAUGAGACCUGUUCAUCAUCGUAUUCCCAAUUCCGUUGCUGCUUUUCUUCCUGCUCACAAGGUACCAUCAAGGAAGCCUGUACUCAUGUUGGUAUUGCCAAAUAUGGACGACCAGUUGGAUUAGAUGAAAAGAUGAAGAUAGAUCUUAUUGUUAUUGGAUCUGUUGCCAUUGACCCGACAACAGGUGCUCAAUUGGGAAAGGGAGAGGGAGUUGUUGAACUUGAAUAUCAUAUGCUGUGGUAUAUGGGAGCUAUUCAUGAUUCAACAAUAAUUGUUACAUCUGGUAAUUUUGGUUUCUGCUUUUGUAACUUUUAAUUAGCCAUUCCUUCAAAGGCUUCUCAAAGAUGAUUUAAUGUACAUUCAUUAUUCAUACUCCUUCCAUGCUUCAAUCACAGUUCAUGAAACCACACUAUUUUGUUUUUAAAAAGGAAAUCUUUCUCUUCUUUACAAGGAUAAUUUACCCUAGAUAGUGUAUAUUAUUUGUGUUUUACAUCACAUGAUAUUCUCUAAGAUUCUAACCUUUAUAACACAAUGAGAACUACCCUUACAGUGCGUUACUGCCAAUUGGUGGGUAAUAUUCCAGUUGAAAAGCUGUUAAUUUAUGAUGUAUUAGCGGAUAUUAUUUGUACUUCAACUCACAUCAUUUUCAAACAUACAUCCAUUCCAAAGCCUCAAGGUUGGUGAAAAAUUUCUUGAAAUACUUUUACUGUUAUGUUUUUCUUCUGAAGUUUUCUCAAUAGGUAUAUGGACCAUAGUAAAGUAACUGUUAUGUUGUCUCGUUAGUGUAGUUCAGUUGGUAGCUAGUUGCAGGGACAUUAUUUGCAGGGGCCGGGGGUCGAAACCCAGAUUCCCCACACUUAAAAGCAUGUGAAUCUGGCCUCUAAGUUACUUGACAAAAAAAAAAAGAGAAAAGUUAUAGUUAAAUAUAAUUAUUAUUUCAUUUAGAUAGAUAAUUUAAAUUUAUUUCUUUUUGUACAUAAUCUAAAUUUGAAUAGAAUAUAAAUUAUGAAAUUAAUUAUUCAAUGUAUUUUUUAUUUGUUUGACAGCGUGAUUCAAUGUAUUAGAAAGUUUGUUUUUUUACAUUUUUAUAAUAGGUAUAUCGGUCAACGUAUAUUAACUCUUACGGUUAAAUAUUAUUAUUAUUUCAUUUAGAUAUAACUAUUUCAACUUAUUUCCUUUUGUAUAGAUUCAAAGUUUGAAAAGGAAUAUAAAUUAUGAAAUAAAUGAUUCAAUGUAUUUUUGACAACAUGAUUCAAUGUAUUAGAAAGUUGUCCUCGUUGCUACAACUUAGUCAUUUGGUUGUGCCUGUGCGGGCAUUUUAUGUGGAACUCCGGGUUCAAACCAGGGUCACCACAUUCCCCCCUCCCCGUGUGUGUAUGUUAAUUUGUGUAUGUGGUGGCCACUUUUUUUUUUUUUUUGGUGGUGGCCAGGGUUAGAACCCCGGACCAUGCAUGUAUUAUGCAUUGUCCAUACCAAUUGAGCUAAGCUCACGAGGACUAUGUGGUGGCCACUAAGCCAACAACAAAACAAACAAAAAAAAAAUUAUAAAGACCCUAAUUCUUACAAAGUUUUUUUAACUUUUCAAGAUUCUAUUUUAUUUUCUUGAAAAAGUCCUUUAAAACCCUAAUCUCGUAAAGUUGGACCUGGAUUCACUGCUGUGAUAUUUUCACCCAGUUUGACGUGGUAAUAGAUCUUGACUGUUUAUUUGAGAUUGGACGGUUUAGAUUUCAACCUCGGUUUCACGCAUUAAAAGAAUCUCCUCCGUUUACUUCGGCCGGAUUGGUCGAAGCUGUAACGACGUUCGAUAAAAUCCAAAUCACGAGUUUUGGGCCUUUUGAGAAAAAAAAAAGUUUUGGGCCAACAGCAUAAAUAGGACGAGUAACACACAGACACUCUCUCUCUCUCUCUCUCUCUCUCAUCAGGCAGUAGUUCUCUUUUCAUCUCUCUCUCAUCAGGCAGUAGCUCUCUUUGUAUCUCUCUCUCAUCAGGUAAUUUGAAAUGGCUGAACCUUCAAAGGUCAUUCACGUUAGAAAUGUUGGACCUGAGAUAGCUGAAAACGAUUUGCUUCUGCUGUUUCAGCCUUUUGGAGUCAUAACAAAGCUUAUGGUGCUGCGUGCCAAAAAUCAGGCCCUUCUCCAAAUGCAGAAUAUUCCUUCUGCAAUUAGGGCUGUAGAGUUUUAUGCAAAUGCUCAACCAAGCAUAAGAGGGAGAAAUCUUUAUGUCCAAUUUUCCUCUCAUCGAGUAAUAACGUCAGCAAAUCAAAGUCAAGGCCGAGAAGAUGAGCCAAAUCGAAUUCUCUUAGUUACAAUUCAUCAAGUCUUGUAUCCUAUGACUGUGGAUGUGCUACAGCAAGUAUUUUCUCGCCAUGGAUGUGUGGAAAAGAUUGUAACAUUUCAGAAGUCAGCUGGUUUUCAAGCUCUCAUCCAGUAUGAGACUCGUCAGGGUGCUGUGACUGCCAGAGGUGCAUUGCAGGGACGCAAUGUUUAUGAUGGUUGCUGUCAGCUGGACAUUCAGUUCUCAAACCUUGAUGAACUACAAGUGAACUACAAUAAUGAUUGGUCAAGGGACUUCACAAACCCAAAUCUGCCCACAGAGCAGAAAGGCCAAUCUUCACAAUCUGGUUCUGGGGAUGCAGGAAUGUAUGAAGGGAUUCAAGGUUCUGGACCUAGACAAGCUGGAUCCUCACAGAUGGGCAAUGCUCAAGCAAUUGAAGCUGCCUUCGGAGGAAGUUUGCCUCCUGGAAUAACUGGAACAAAUGAAAGGUGUACAAUUCUUGUCACAAAUCUCAAUCCUGAUAGAAUCAAUGAGGACAAGCUGUUCAACUUGUUCUCUAUUUAUGGGAACAUUGUCAGAAUCAAACUUCUCCAAAGUAAACCAGAUCAUGCACUUGUCCAGAUGGGAGAUGGUUUCCAAGCUGAAUUGGCAGUACACUUUCUGAAGGGUGCCAUGUUGUUUGGAAAACAUUUGGAGGUGAACUUCUCAAGGUCUCCAAACAUAAUCCCAGGUGCUGAUACACAUGAGUACACAAAGUCAAAUCUGAAUCGGUUCAACAAAAAUGCUGCUAAAAACUAUCGGUAUUGCUGCUCGCCGACAAAGAUCAUCCACAUGUCAACUCUCCCACAAGACAUUGUAGCAGAGGAGAUUGCUAGUCUUUUGGAGGAGCAUGGAGUCAUCGUCAACUGCAAAGUCUUCGAGACGAAUGGGAAAAGGCAAGCGCUUGUUCAAUUUGAGUCUGAAGAGGAGGCAACUGAGGCCCUAGUUUGCAAACAUGCAAGUUUAAUUUCUGGCUUGGUGAUCCGCAUAUCCUUUUCGCAGGCGCAAAAUAUAUGAUGCAAUGCACUUUGGUAAAGGGCAAAGGAAAUCUAUCUGUAUUUGGUACAAAAGGAUUCUCAAUUUUAGAAAGAUAAUUUUUAUGCAGAUAAUCCCAUCUUCAUUGGUUGUGGAUUAAACUAUAAAAACCUGUCUGUGACUUUUACUCUAUCUUCUCAUCUUCAUUGCCUCUGUAAGUUCUUUUAUGUUUGAUUCUGACAAUGAGACAAAGGUUUAUGGUUGCAGAUACAUGAAGUUUUGAGUAGAAAAGAUAUAAUUGUUGAUGUAUGUUAUUUGGAAUUCAGGCUUUUAGUUGGCCUUUCUGUUGUAUUAUUUGGAAUACAGGCUUCAAUUAGUGUUUGAGGUAUUUAUUUAUC